AUUUGGCUUCCUUGGAAAAGAAGGGAAGAGUCCUUUAAAGGUUAAUAAAAAGAUAUCAUUUUUUUCUCUAAGUAGGAGGUUAAGGUCCUACGCCAUGCAACAACAGGAAUCAAAGCAGUCAUAUUCAUCCCCUAAUUACAUUAAUGUCAUGUGUUGUAUCUCCCGCGUGUUUACCAAAAAAGCUGUCCCCCUUCUGAGCUUGACCUCCCAUUUCUACUGGCUGCAUAAUAGCGGAGGCUGAAGCUCGGUGUGGGCCCUACUUCAGACGUGCGUCGAGCCUGAAGGUCGGAGUGCUGCGUGUGCGUGUGUCUGAUGCACUGUAGGCUACUGAGGCGGCAUCAGCUUGAGGAAGGCAUUUCUCUUUACCCCGACAAACCUUCAGGGGGCUUUUAGCAUUUGUUCAGUCUGCAGUCUCUGGAAAACAUCUGAUUCAUUUUUUAACCAGUCCCAGAUGCGCCAGUGUGAGAGUGUGUGUGCAUGAGCGCGGCAGUGUGAGCCUGUCAGUGCGAGAGAAAUUUGGGAGAAUAUCUGCUGUCUGUAGAAGGGGAGGGAAACAAAAACCGUGUGGAUUUUUUUAAAUAUAUCUUUUUAGGUAUGAACGCAGAUACGUGCGUCUCAUACUGCGAUAUGACAUCGAUGGAUUCAUAUUAUAGUACAUCUACUGCGCAAAGUAGAGAUCACCAAGCGAACCCUUUCAGGACUUUCCCAACCACUGAAACAAAAUACAGCCCCACGUUCAUUCCGGGUAAAGGGCAGGCUUACGGAGAGAAGUCCAGGAGUCCUUUCCAGCCGGACUGCCAGUCACUGGAUGGCGCUGAGGAGGGCACCUUCAACAAAUACCAGCUCUUCAUGCAGCGACCGACCUGCAAAACUCCCCCGGAAGGCAGCAAGCUGCACCCGGACAGCGCACACAACGGGACACUCAUCUCCUGCUAUGGAAAGGACAGCAGCAGCCUGACAGAGUCUGAGUUGCCCCAGAGCGUCGACCCUCCUGGGAUGGAAAGCAGCUACCUGAACCUAAAGGAAACUGGAGUGAAGGGGCAGAGUGAGCGCCCGGGGUCGGACCUUUCUAGCCCACUGGAAAAAAGCGAGGCCGAGAGCAACAAAGGCAAGAAGAGGCGCAAUCGCACUACGUUCACCAGCUACCAGCUGGAGGAGCUGGAGAAGGUUUUCCAGAAGACGCACUACCCUGAUGUAUAUGCCCGUGAGCAGCUGGCACUCAGGACAGACCUGACAGAGGCCCGUGUACAGGUGUGGUUCCAGAACCGCAGAGCCAAGUGGAGGAAGAGAGAGCGUUUUGGCCAGAUGCAACAGGUCCGCACGCACUUCUCCACAGCUUACGAGCUGCCGUUGCUCACUCGGCCUGAGAACUAUGCACAGAUCCAGAACCCUUCAUGGAUAGGGAGCAGCAGCGGAGCAUCUCCGGUGCCCGGCUGUGUCGUGCCUUGUGACUCUGUGCCCUCCUGCAUGCCCCCUCACCCUCACGGUCCUGGAGGCGUCUCUGACUUCCUGGGCGUACCAAGUCCAGGAAGCAGCCACAUGGGACAGACUCAUAUGGGCAGUCUGUUUGGGGGCGCUGGGAUCGGUGGGGGAAUCAAUGGCUAUGAUCUCAAUGUUGAUCCAGACCGAAAGUCCUCCAGCAUAGCUGCGCUGCGUAUGAAGGCCAAGGAACACAGUGCAGCCAUCUCCUGGGCUACAUGAUGUUCCAGCCAGAUCCCAACCUGCCCCCAUAAGGCAGCCAUGGAGCAGCCAUCAGCAAGCACUAUGGGGGGAGGAGGAGAGCACUAAUGAUAACACAGGUCAAAUGAACAGGGGGAGACUGUGGAGAUAACAGAGGCCACUGCAGCUGCUGAUGCAACCAAGACAACUGUGUCUAUGACAAUCAGCAGAUGCUGAAAGUGAGAGAAAAGCAGAGGCGUGACUUAGAUGAGAAUAUCACCUAGAUGCUCAUUCUUGAUUCCUUGAUCUCUCAGGUCUCAUGCAACUAUGGUGUUUACACCCCAAUAAACCGAUUAACAUGAUGCUGUUGUCAGUAAAAUUAAGCAAACCCAAACCUGGUUUUAUUAAUGUCCUCAUAGCCUUAUACCCUAUAAUGCCAAAUACAGUAUCUUCAUUUAAAGAGUCGAUCUUGAUUCAGAUCAUUUACCUUCUUUAUCCUAUCUUUUAUACCGACCAUCCCACCAUUCUGUUCCACUGUAUAAACCAGUUCAUUUCUGUACAUUUCACUAGUAUGUUGUUGGGAGUUUAUCUCCCUGCAGAGAAAGGCAGAGUAAGUGAACAGAGUCUAACUGAGCGAGAGCAGACAUGGCCUGCCAAUUGAGUCUGGGUGGAGGGGAGGGCUUAGAUUGGCAGCAAUUUCAAAUGAAGUUGUCAUUUCCCUCCCAGGGUUCCCUCCACAGGUUCAACUAAUAGGCUCAGGCUUCAGGUUACAGGAAAUGGUGUCUCCAUUGGCAGACAAGGCACAGGAAUGCACAGCAGCAACCUUCAACACCAGCUUACCACGCCAGCUCUAAUCAGCAACCAGCAGGAAUAGACACAGUUAAUUAGCA